GGGUUGCCAGGGGCAAAUGUGCUUUUAACUUUGCGCCAUCGAUCAAAUUUACUUUUAUAAUUAGUAUUAUUCCUAGUUACGGUAAAGAUGUCCUACGAAAAUUGGUUAAACUACUUGACCUCCGCCGAGAAGAACUCGAUGAUCAGCGGGCGACUGCGCAAGGUGCUCUACAAGUUUCCUGACGGCCAGCAAAUGGCCGAAGACUACAGUUUGGACACCGGCAUCGUGCUGCGUCGCGCCUGGCGCAAGUGCAAGCAACUGAUGGGGCAGCCCGAGUGGGAAGUAGAGCUGGGCGAGGAGCCCCGCCAGCUGAACUGGUCCGGCAACAAAGCCAACGGCGCAGGAGGAGAUGUGGACAACACGCACGACGACGAUUUUAUGCUGCGCGAGAGCAACUCUGCCCCACUGCUAACGAAGCGGGUGACCAAGAAGAAUGUCGAGUGGCGCAUACGCAACAUGCCCUAUCCCCUCGAGGUGUACAAUGUCAGCGCCAGCCCGGAGCAGCGUUCCAUUGUUGUGCGCACCACGAACAAGAAAUACUACAAGGUGAUUCCAGUGCCCGAGCUGGAUCGUUGCGGCACUCCACCGACACAGGCCAACAUCUCGGUGCACCAUCAGUUCAAUACUUUGAUCAUCACGUACCUGAAACCAGCCAUUCUCUGCGAGAUGGAGGCCCAAGUGCUGCUCCUGCUGAAGGACGUGGAGACUGAGACGGACAUGGAUGACCUCUUAAAGGGUCUGAUGGCCAAAUAAAACCACUAGCAUGUAGUACAUUAAAAAGUAAUAAUAUUUUAAAAUUAUGAA